AUGGGCAAAGGCACCGACAAGCUCUACAUCACCCAUUCGGAAUGGGCCUCUGAAGAUGCCUUCUCCGCCAGCUACGGUGCCGGCGUCAACAAGUCCAAGGUCGUUGGCGCCUCUUUCCGCCGCCUUCCCUUCAACUUCUGCGCCCUCUCGCUGCAGCCCUUCGAGCAUCCCGUCUGCACCGCCCAGGGCACCAUCUUCGACCUGACCAACAUCCUCCCGUGGUUGAAGAAGCACGGCACGAAUCCCGUUGACGGACAGCAGCUGAAGAGGGCCGACCUCAUCAAGCUCAACUUCGCGAAAAACGACGAUGGCGAAUAUGUCGAUCCGGUUACAUACAAAGUCUUCACAAACAACACCCACAUCGUCGCGCUCAAGAACUCUGGAAACGUUUUCGCCUGGGACACCAUUGAGCGCCUGAACAUCAAAGCCAAGAACUGGCGCGAUCUGGUCACCGACGACGAGUUCUCGCGCAAGGACAUCAUCACGCUGCAGGACCCGCAGAACCUCGAGUCCAGGGAUCUGAGUGCAUUCAAAUACCUCAAAGAUGGCGAGAGCAACUUGACCGAGGAGCAAGAGCAGGAGCGGGCGAGCGGCGUCAACAAGGACGCUCUGGGCAGCUCGGCCAAGGUGCUCAAGGCGAAAGAAGCCGUCGCAAAGGCGCGGUCGGAACGCGAAAAGGCGGCCAAGGCCAAGGCGGAGGGUGGCGUGGCCGCCGCUCUUGCGCGCGCCCGGGCGGAACAGGGCGACGGCUCGAAUGCGCUGCACCAAAACAAGCCCCUGCCGUACAACGCCGCCCAAUACACGACCGGAAAGGCGGCGGCUUCGUUCACCAGCACGGGCGUGACGCCGCACACUUCCAACGAAAGGGCGCUGCUGUCGGAGGAGGAGUACAUGCUGAAGCCGCGGCGGGUGAAGACGCCCGGUUACGCCAGGAUACAGACCAGUUUGGGAGAGCUCAACGUCGAGCUGCAGCCGGAGUUUGCGCCCAAGGCCGUGUGGAACUUUGUGCAGCUCGCCAAGAAGGGCUACUACAGCAACAUCAGCUUCCACCGCAACAUCAAGAACUUCAUGAUACAAGGAGGCGAUCCCACAGGUACUGGCCGCGGCGGGUCCAGCGUCUGGGGCAAAAACUUCAACGACGAGUUCGAGGGACCCAACAAGCACGACACGAGAGGAGUCCUGAGUAUGGCGAACAAGGGCAAGAACACCAACUCGAGCCAGUUCUUCAUCACCUACCGCGCGGCGAAGCACCUGGAUCUGAAGCAUACCAUAUUCGGACGCGUUGUUGGCGGCAUGGACACCCUGUCGCGGCUUGAGAACGCGCCUACCGAUUCCAAGGACAGACCGGACCCGCCCAUCAUGCUCGAAGACGUGGUCGUCUUCGUCGAUCCGUUCGAGGAGUUCCAGAAGCAGAAGGCUGAGAUGGAUGCGAAGGAUCGUGAAAAGGAAGAGAUCAAGAAGGCAGGAGGUACGGAGGACGACAAGACGACGUGGACGGGUAAGCGGGUCCGGGGCGACGGCACGGUUGAGUCGGGCAGCGGUGGUGGAGGUGUUGGCAAGUAUCUCAAGGCGGCACUGGCAGAACAGAAGUCAACCGAAGCAGAAGAAGACGAGAUUGUGGGGGAGUGGGACGAGCCUGAGGAGCCAGUGAAGAAGAAGUUCAAGGGUGGUGGAUUCGGUAACUUUGACAAUUGGUAG